AUGGUAUCUGGAGGAAGACAGAUUCUUGGUAUGGCCCUGGCCUUCAUUGGCUUUGUGGGGAGCAUCAUCAUCUGUGGUCUGCCCAACUGGAAAGUCACAGCCUUUAUUGGUGCCAACAUCAUCACAGCUCAAGUGAUCUGGGAGGGCUUGUGGAUGAACUGUGUGACCCAAAGUACAGGCCAGAUGCAGUGCAAAGUCUACGACUCUCUCCUGGCUUUACCUCAAGACCUGCAGGCUGCUAGAGCACUGGUCAUCUUGGCCAUCAUCACCGGGGUCUUUGGGAUCCUUCUUAGCAUCGUUGGCGGCAAGUGUACCAACUUUGUGGAGGAGGAGAGGCAGAAAUGCAAAGUAGCCAUUGCUGCUGGAGUCAUCUUCAUCAUCGCAGGCCUGUUGGUGCUUAUUCCUGUGUGCUGGACAGCCAACACCAUCAUUCGUAAUUUCAACAAUGUUGCGCUAAUCAACCUACAGAGAUCUUCUCUACACCUUUACAUCAUGGCCUCCAUGGGGAUGCAGAUGCUGGCCAGUGCCCUGUGCCUGCUGGGUUGGGCAGGGGUCAUCAUCAGCUGCAUAAUGCCAAUGUGGCGAGUCACAGCCUUUGUGGGCAGCACCAUUGUCACCUCUCAGACCAUCUGGGAGGGCAUCUGGAUGACCUGUGUGGUCCAGAGCACAGGGCAGAUUCAGUGUAAACCGUAUGAGUCUCUCCUUGCUCUAGGUGCUGAUCUGCAGGCCGCCAGGGCUCUCACUGUCCUUGCAAUUGUUACUGGUGGUGUAGGCCUAAUUCUGGCCUUCAUUGGUGGGAAGUGCACUCGCUUCAUGGAUGGAGAAGGAAGCAGGAUGAAGAGCAAGGUGGCCAUAGCAGCAGGGACGGUGUUGAUCGUCACAGGGCUGCUGUGUUUGAUCCCCACAUCAUGGACGGCUGGCGCGGUCGUGAGGAAGUUCUACAGCGCCGCCAUAGAUGCUCAGCGCAGGGAGAUUGGAGCCUGUCUCUACAUUGGCUGGGGAGCGUCCAUCCUGCUUAUUCUGGGAGGGGGUCUGUUCAUCAGCUCAGCGUGUCCCAUCAAAGCACACAAUGAAGACAAGAACCCCUCUGUCCGCUACCUGGUAGUCCGCUCCGAUGGGCCCAGUCAGGCUGGUUCUCAACGCAGCAGGAUACCAUCAGCAAAGUCUCAGCCUGUUGGAGCAGUUUUCACCAGGCCUCAAAGCUAUGAAGGAGCACCCACUAAGUCUCAGUCAUACACAAGGCCUCCCUGGGAGGAUGUGCCUGAGCAGGACUCGAGGCAGGAGUCAGAGAGAUCAUGGGCACCAUCAACAAAGUCUCAGAUGAAAAGACCAGGCUCGACAAAGUCAGAAGAAAGUGAUGCUCUUUCUACAAAGUCUCAGCUGAAACAAGCAGAGAUGGAAGAGACUUUAUCAGACUCAGUCAAGAAUGACAAUGACGACGCAUCCUCAAAUCCAGCAAGAACAUACUUAUAA